CUUGGAGAGCAGGAAGCCCCGCCUUCCACCAGCGUGUGACGUCAGAGUCGCCAUGGCCAGCUAUCCUUACGGACAGGGCUGCCCAGGAGCUCCAGGACAGGCGCCCGGAGCCCCUCCGGGCAGCUACUACCCUGGGCCUCCCCACGGCGGAGGGCAGUAUGGCAGCGGGCUUCCCCCUGGUGGGGGUUAUGGAGGCCCUGCCCCUGGAGGACCCUAUGGACCACCAGCUGGUGGGGGGCCCUAUGGACACCCCAAUGCUGGGGGACUUCCCUCUGGAACUCCAGGAGGACCAUAUGGUGGUGCAGCUCCAGGGGGCCCCUAUGGGGCUCCAGGUUCCUAUGGUGCCCAGCAGCCUGGGCCUUAUGGAGCAGGUGGCGUCCCUCCCAACGUGGAUCCUGAGGCCUACUCCUGGUUCCAAUCCGUGGAUGCUGAUCACAGCGGCUACAUCUCCAUCAAGGAGCUGAAGCAGGCCUUGGUCAACUCCAACUGGUCCUCCUUCAAUGAUGAGACCUGCCUCAUGAUGAUCAACAUGUUUGACAAGACAAAAUCAGGACGCAUCGAUGUCUAUGGCUUCUCAGCCCUGUGGAAGUUCAUCCAGCAGUGGAAGAACCUCUUCCAGCAAUAUGAUCGGGACCGCUCAGGCUCCAUCAGCUACACAGAGCUGCAGCAAGCUCUGUCCCAGAUGGGCUACAACCUAAGCCCCCAGUUCACCCAGCUCCUGGUCUCCCGCUACUGCCCACGCUCUGCAAAUCCUGCCAUGCAGCUCGACCGCUUCAUCCAGGUGUGCACCCAGCUGCAGGUGCUGACUGAGGCCUUCCGGGAGAAGGACACAGCUGUACAGGGCAGCGUUCGGCUCAGCUUUGAGGACUUCGUCACCAUGACAGCGUCUCGGAUGCUCUGACCCUGAGAGGAGCGCCCACCGGAAGUGUGUGACACCACUCUUUACAGUGGGAGAAGCGUGUGGGUCUCUUUUCCUGUCCCUCCUAGAAAGAUCCUCCCUUGCUUGAUGCAGCACUGUCCCCAGAGCCGGUUAGGAGUCCUGCAUCAGCCCACCAAAUAGUGAUGCUCUGGCCUGGGGCCACACAGAUGGAAUCUGACCUAGGGAGGACCAGAA